AUCACUAAAUCAUAAUUAUAUUAUUUAUAAGAGAUAGAAAGAGAAGAUAAUGGAUGAAAUAAAGCUGGGAGGAAUUAUGGAGAAGGGAGGUGCUGCCAAUAGUUUGGAAAUUGAAGGUCUGGCUCGAUUCGCAAUUGAAGAUCACAACAAGAAAUCUAAUGCAAAGUUGGAAUUGGUGAACAUCUUGAAGGUGAAAGAACAGGUUGUGGCUGGAUCUAUGUAUUAUAUAACUCUUGAGGCAACAGAUGCUAUGGGUGGUGGUGGUGAAAAGAAAGCUUAUGAGACUAAGGUUUGGGUGAAGGAAUGGAUGGAUUUUAAACAGGUUAUUGAAUUUAAGCUUGUUAAUCAUGGAGAUCAUCAUGCUUCUUCUUCCCCAACAGUUUAAUUAAAUCUAUAUAUGUUGUUUUAUUUAACU